AUGAAAGAAUUGUCGAAACAUCAACAAUCGGGUGCUUCUGGUGUUGCACUUUAUGGCCACCGUUAUCACCGAAGACGUGAUUUAGUGUCGGCCGCGCAGACCAAAUGUCUGGACCAUUGCUCGUGUAUUUGGAAAAGCGGUAAAAUUACGGUCGAGUGCAGUGCCGGUCAGUUCAAUGCCAUACCGGCCGGCAUCGGUAGUGACACACAAGUAUUGCAAAUGACGGGCAACAUUAUGGCCUCAUUGAAAGCCCGUUCCUUUCAAAGUGUAGGUCUCACUAAUUUGCAGCGCAUAUCUCUGAACCGUUGCGGUAUAACAGCGUUGGACGAACAGGCCUUCUAUCAAGUGUCCAAUUUGGUUGAUCUCGAUAUAAGUAAUAACUUUUUGACUACUGUGCCCACCAAUGCUCUACAAUACUGUCCAAUAUUGCGGAAACUUUAUUUCUCGCAUAAUGUCAUCAAACAACUAACCAAUGAAUCAUUUGCUAAGUUUAAACACUUACAGACAAUUGAUUUGUCGCACAAUACCAUUGAACUAAUUGAAUCCAAUGCUUUUCAAGGAUUGAAAAAUUUAAAACAAUUAUAUUUAUCAGAAAAUAAACUCAGCUAUAUAUCAGGUCAUGUCGUCCGAACUUUGCCGUCAUUGUAUGAGCUGACCCUACACUAUAACCCGUGGCACUGUGAUUGCAAGCUCCGGGAUCUACGCGAUUGGAUGCUACAGCACAAUAUACCACUGAGCUAUUCUCCCAACUGCUCGACGCCAAGUCGGGUGACCGGCAAAGAGUGGAAAGACCUACAUAUUGACGACUUUGCCUGUUUGCCCAUCAUAUUGACUGUCGACCAACAAAUCCAUAUUAAUGAAGGCGAAAAUGCAUCGAUCACUUGUAUGGUUGAGUCUAUACCGUUGGCAUCUGUGGACUGGCUGUCAAAGGGUCGGGCGAUUAAAAACAUGUCGUUAAUGACAUUUGGCAGACAAAUGUAUCUCAUUAGGGACGGACAAAACGGCCUCUUUCAGAGGACCAGUACAUUGUAUAUAAUGAAUGCGCUGGAAAAGGAUGCCGGAAGCUAUACAUGUGUCGGUAGCAACAAAGCGGGAACUGUAUCAUCCAAUUUAAGUUUGAAUGUACUCAAAGUGCAUUCAAGUAUAGCGAGCUAUAGUGGAGAAGAGGUGGCCGGUAUGGUAUUGGGAACGAUAUUCAUCUUUUUGAUCAUUUUUGUCGGUAUUUGUGUGGUUGUGUUGCGAUCCAAAGCGCACUACCAGAACAUGGGUUCGGCCACUCGUACCAAUCAAUCAGCAGAAGCUAACCGAUGCAAACCCGAUGAACGCAAACUAUUGUCCGUACAUAUGAAUCACAACACAUAUGUGACACAAGUGGCCACAAGUAAUCAUUUAGAGUUGAAACCCAUUGCCAACAACAACGAUAGCAAACAUCUUAAUCACAUCGACCGUAAUGAUAGACAUAGUGUGAACAAUGUUGAAGAAGAGGAUAACUGUCUGAUGAAUGAUAUUCAAAGCAGUUUCAAAACAAUGUCCGUAACGACAGCACAGCCAACAACAAGUUGUGAUAAUAUAACUGAAAUCAAUGCCAAUGAUAGAUGUGAUGACAACAAUGUGUUGUCAAACAGUGAUGUUAUCAGUGAUAGAGUGGACUUAAAUAGUCAUCAAAUAAAAGAAGUUGUGAUGAAUCCAAACUGUGAUGAUUUUAACGCUGAUUAUAGUAGUAAACUAUUGACCGAUAGUGACAAUGCUAUUACUUUGUUGCCAUCGAUGGCCACAACUUCUUCAUCGGCACAGAAAUCGCAACGAAUGAGAACUGAAGAGCUUCUUAAACGUCGCGCCUCUGAUAUAACCCAAGAGCUUAACAAACGUUUUAGUGAACAAAAACUAAUGAACGGACAGAACCCCAACCCCUAUAAUAAAGACAAUAAUACCGGUGCUCAGCAUUCGGUGCGCUUCUCAAACAAUGCAACCAUUUAUAACUAUCAGUGUCAACGAUUUGGACACUCUAUGGAGUCAUUGGACAGUAAUGGUUAUGAUGGCUAUGAUUACCUAAAUUAUAGGUCCAAUGGAAAUCCUAAUCAUAACAGUUAUGACUUACCAAAUGGAAGUGUUGGUCCCAUAAAUAGCAAUAAUCAUAAUAGUAAUAAUCAUCGAUCGCUGUUGGGUUUGCCCUAUUCGUUGAGACCAAUUAGGGGAUCAAAUAAACAAAGUCGAAGAAGUGGCGGAUCGUUAGCCGCUUUAUUGGCUAUCAAUGCUAGAGAUUCACCCGAUGAAGGACUGGGAGAUGAAAGAGAAUAUGAGACCGAUAUUCUUGAUUAA